AUGGUGAAGUGUACACAUAAAGGCUGUGGAAAGGACUUUAAAGAAGACGAAAAUCAAGAUAACGCUUGUCAAUAUCAUUCAGGAGCACCUGUUUUUCGUGAAGGUUUAAAGGGCUGGUCAUGUUGUAAGAAGCGAGUUUCUGAUUUUGAUGAAUUCCUUGCCAUUCCUGGUUGUACGUUUGGUCGUCAUUCAGAUGAACCUGUCAAUCAACCUACUAGCACAUCUGUUGCUCCUCAACAAACACAAGAAGCUACUCAUGUUACGAAGGAGGGUGUUGAAGUCUAUGGCAAGAAGCCUGAAGCUUCUACUGUUUCAACUCCUGCUCCAGCUACGGUUGAACCUAAGAAGGAAGAGGAAAAAAAGCCUGAGGUAGUAGUAGAAGAAGAGGAUGAUGAAUCAAUCCCUGUACCUGAAGGCACUACAUGUAAAAGACGUGGUUGUGGAUGUGUUUGGAAAGACACUGCUACCUCUCGUGGAAAUGGGGCUGAAGCUGUUUGUCGCUAUCAUCCCGGUGCUCCCAUUUUCCAUGAAGGUUCAAAAGGCUGGAGUUGCUGUACCCGUAAAGUGUUAGAUUUUGAUGAAUUCUUAAAGAUUGAAGGAUGCAAAGAAGGAAAGCAUUUAUUUGUUGGCUCUGGUGAUAAUAAUAAGAAUGAGGAGUUAGUAGACUGUCGUACUGAUUGGUAUCAAACACAAACAACUGUCAUUUUUAGUAUUUUUGCUAAAAAUAAAGAAGAUACUAAAGUUGAAUUUGCUGAACAAUCUAUUAACGUCGAUAUUAAAAUGAAAGGAAAUAAGCGUUUCAAAAAGACUUUCCCUCUCUUUACUACAAUUGAUCCUGCUACUUCCAAGUUUGAAGCACUUUCCACAAAAGUUGAAAUUAGUCUAAAAAAGACCAGCGGUGUUUCCUGGGCAUCUUUUGGACCUACUGAUAACGUUACAACCUGGACUACUUUCGGUGUCACUGGUGGAGGAGGAACUGUUGGCGCCACUCAAAUGUAUUAUAAUGCUGAUUCUCCAUUGCAUCAUAUUAAUAAUAAGAAAUAA